GAUAACAAUUCUGACAAAUUAAAACAAAAAGAGCAGAAGAAAACGCACAAAGAUAAAAAUCUGUAUUCAUGUACGAUGUGUGAUAAAUUGUUUUCUCAAAAGACUCACUUGAUCUACCACAUGAGAACGCACACAGGUGAGAAGCCUUUCUCAUGCAAGUUUUGUGGAAAAUGUUUCAGUCGAGAAAGUAUUGUGAACAAUCACCUGAGAAUCCACACAGGCGAAAAGCCCUUCUCAUGUCUGACCUGUGGAAAAAGUUUCACUCUCAAACAUAAGUUGACGGAUCACAUGAGAAUUCACACAGGUGAGAAACCGUUUCCGUGCAACGCUUGUGAUAAAUCUUUUAAUCUAAAAAGCAAUCUGAAGCAGCACCUGAGAAUCCACACGGGCGAGAAGCCUUUCUCAUGUGUGACCUGCGGUAAAAGUUUCAGUCAAAGAAGUCAAGUAACGCUUCACAUGAGAAGUCACACGGGGGAGAAGCCAUUUUCAUGUCUGACAUGUGGAAAAAGUUACAGUCAGAAAGGCCAUUUGACAGUUCACAUGCGAAUUCACACAGGUGAGAGGCCGUUUCCAUGUAGCACCUGUGGAAAAACCUUCAGUCGAAGAAGUCGUUUAAAAAAACACGUGAGAAUUCACACAAGAUAGACGUCCUGUGUGACCUGUGGGAAGUGUCUCAGUUUA